AUGGGGCGCGCGGUGGUGGCGGACGAGGCGGCGAUCCAGCGCCACGUGGACAAGCUCUUCCGCGAGAAGGCGACAUGGGAGCUGGGUCUGCUCAUCGGCCGCUCCAGCAUCGCUUCUCAAUCGUCCUCCUCCUCCUCCUCUUCCGCCGCCGCCGCAUCCGGCGCCUCCCGCGAAAUCCUCUUCGCGCUCGUGCCGACGCCCGAAGCGCCAGGAGCGGCGGCGCCAGUUGCGGGCAGCAGAGAGAGGAGCGGAUCGGAUGCGAGGGAGUGGCGGCAUGUGGACGGCGACUGGGUGGCGGAACACGCGCUGCAGGUGUCACGGCUGUUGCUGGGAGGCAUGGCCGUGCUGGGAGUGUACACCUUCUGCUCCGAUGCCGCCUAUAGCAACGCUGCACCCUCCUUGCUGCAGGCCCUGCGUUCGCUUGCAACCUCACUCUCUCCUCCCGCCUCACUCGCCGCCCUGCUGCCCCCUCUCCCCACCGACCUCAUUCUGCUGCACAUCUCCUCCUUCUCCCGCCGGUUCUCAGCACGAUCUGUCGCCACGUCAUCACCUGCCACGUCAGCUGCCAUGUCACCGUGCGACUUCAAGCUCGCUGCCAUCCCUUCACCAAUCCUCGUCUCCUCAACACUCUCCCUCCAUGCCCAAGUUCCGGUCAUCUCCUCCCCAUCACUCCCCCCACCCUCCUCCUCUUCCUCCCUUCCACCCUCUCCUCCUCCUCCUCCGCCGCCCGCCCUCUCGCCCCCCUCGGUGCGGGCAGCAGCAGCGAGUGCGUUGAAGCAGAUAGCCCGGCAGAUGGAUGGAGGCAUGGCGUUCGUUGAUGGCAUGCUGGUGGAAGGGGGGGACGUUGUUGGGGGAGAGAGCAACACAAAAGGAGGUGCGGGGAAGGCAGGGAAAGGGGGCGGAGGAAAGGGGGGCAAGGGGGGGAAGAAGGGGGGAGGGAGAGGGGGAAAAGGGGGAGGGGGGAGGGGAGGAGAGGAGGCGGCAUCUGAGGGGAGCAGUCACGUGCGUGUGGACUGGGCUCUCCCACCUUCCUGGAACGUUCCUCUUCAGGAUGGCGCCAAGGAUGGGCACGUGCAUGGCAUGGUGGCGCUGUCAGGCAGUGUGCUGGCGCUCUGCCUCGCCAUGCCCCGAGACCCUUUCUACCGAGUGCUGCAUGAUCUCAAGGUCAAUGCGGAGCAGACUAGACCUAGUGCAGGAGGAGGAGGAGUGCCUCAGUGCACUCUCUCGACCUCUCUUUCUUCCACCCCACCUGCCCUUUCACAUAUCUUCCAGGUCGAUGCUGUGCGCAGCGUGGUGAGCAGGCUAGAUCUGGUGCAGGAUGGGGAGGAGGAGCAGGCAGCACAGGGGGAGGGCGGGGAGAACGGGGAGAAUAGGGGGGAGGGAAGAGAGGCAGAUGGAGAGUAUAAUGGGAAGGCGAGGAAAGUAGGGGAGGAGGAGGAGGUGGAGAAGGUGGAGGAGGAGGGGGGGUUGACGGAGAGGCCAUUGCUGAAUGGCAAGCUGCACAGAACGCCCUUCACCAGAUGGCACCUCCCCCGGCGGGUGCUGCUGCGCUGCUCUGUGGCUGGGGGAGGGGGGAGGCGGGGGGAAAGUGAGGGGGAGGAGGAAGGGGAAGGGGGCCUGCUGCUGGCGGACUUCUGUGAGCUGGGUGAAGGGGCGGAGGUGAGAUGGGGGGAAGGGGCGGAGAUGAGAUGGGGGGAAGGGGCGGAGGCAGCGGAGGAGCGGUGCAGCGAGCUGUGUGGGAUGGCGGCAGUGGCAGACGAGGCAGUGAGGGAGCAGGGCAUUGGUGUGGAGUGGGAGGGGUCGCUGGAAGGAGAGGAGGAGCAGAGUGGCAUGGAGGGCAGUGCUGCAUGUGCUGCUGUGUGGCUUCCCCCCGGAACUGCACCUGCCAAGCCACACAACAGCACCCACACGGACAGCAGUGGCAGCAGUGAUGAGAGUGCUGUGAAGGCGGGGGUGGGGGAGAAGGGUUCAGCAGGCAGGGCUGUGUCUCUGUUGUUGGCUGUGCUCGGGGUGCUGCUGGCUCUUGUUGCUGCACUCGUGAUGGCUCUCAAAUGA